ACUUGUACACCGUCUUAAAGAGAGAAAAAAAGGAAGGGGAAGGAGAGUAGAGUGCCAAGAGAGGAAUAGGGGAGGGCAUCCUUUCCCACCAUUUAAACCUCCCAUAACCUAUUCCGCACCGACAUGUCCCCUUUACUCACCCUUUAUUAGCCCCUCCUCGUUCGAGAGUAUCUUCAUCGGGAUCUUCCAAAACCCCCCACUAAUGAUGCUCGAGUACGACUGGGGCAACCCCUCCGCUAUGGUCUUCUCAGCGCCAGACGACGACGACGACGACGCCCACCAUCCCGACUCCACCCGACCCAUCCCCAUGUUCGACCCCACCCACCACUCCAUGCUCUCUCCCCCGCCUCCCCCGCUCAUCAACAACCAGCAAUUCCUAUACCCCGCCGCCAACCAGUUCCACCACGCCAUGUACGACCCCCCAGCCUCCUACGGGCAGCCGGGGACGGGACUGUAUCAAGUGGCCGAUCACGACAGAGGGACGGGGCCAUACAUGGUGGACAUGACGACCAGCAGGAUAGGACUCAACCUGGGGGGAAGGACGUACUUCUCCGCCGCCGACGAUGACUUUGUGAGCAGGUUGUACCGGCGGUCGUCUAGGCCCGGGGAGAGCUGUCUUAGCAACACCCCGCGGUGUCAGGCGGAGGGAUGCAACGCCGAUCUCAGCCAGGCUAAGCACUAUCACCGCCGCCACAAAGUCUGCGACUUCCACUCCAAGGCUUCCACCGUCCUUACCGCCGGCCUCACCCAGCGCUUCUGCCAGCAGUGCAGCAGGUUUCAUCUGCUGUCGGAAUUCGACAACGGUAAACGGAGCUGCCGUAAGCGGCUUGCCGAUCAUAACCGCCGCCGCCGUAAAUCAAACCAGGCCCACGAGAGCCCGAAGCCGCCUCCGGAGAUUAAUGCCACUCCACGAUCUUCAAACGACUCGGGAACACAGAGUUCGUCAUCUCAGACGGUACCACUGUCACCCCCCACCAUAUCAUUGGAUUGUUUCCGUCAAAGGCAGUACCAAGCCACCGCUUCCUCCUCCUCCUCUAAUUCCAUGUUCUUCUCAAGUGGCUGAAGACUGAGUUUCAUCGAUAGGCUCAACCUAAUAAGAAACGAUCGAAUUCCCAUCGCUUUCUUUAUCUCAUCAACUAGUAGCUAGCCAGCCACAUAUAUAUAUAUAUAUAUAUAUAUAUAUAUAUAGUAGCGAUUGCUAGUGUUGUCAUGAAUGAUUGAUGUCUCUUCGUGUUGUGUUUUAAUGUUUCCACGCCUUUGCGAUGUUCUUUUUUUUUUUUCUUGUUUGUUUAAACUAAUUAGUCGCGUUUUAAUUUAUUAAUCAACGAGUAGGGGCGUGGGGCUUGCUCGCUCGCUCAUGUUCGUGUGUGUGUGUGGAGCAAAAGACGGGGCAGUGUAUCGGAGCAUGGGUGGUGCUUCGUUCAUCGUUUAUUCACUUUGGGAAAUGAAUUAUUGACUGUUUUUGUC